UGAUGGAAAGGGGUUAUAACUACAGUAGCUAUGGUAGAUAUUGACGCGCGCUCCCCCCCCCCCCCAGUUUCUUCUAUAUAUGUCGAGGUCGGAUACUCAAGCUCUACAACACCUCAGCUCCCGUCAAAUAACUCAAAGGCAGUUACGAUCAGUCUUCAGUCAAACUUAUACUGUGCCUUAUCUUGACAAUGAAAGCCUCAACAGCCCUCCUUUGUCUUGUGUCGGCUGCCCAAGCCCACUACACUUUUCCUGCACUGAUUGCAGGAAGUGGUGCUACCAGCAAGUGGGAGUACGUCAGGAAGACGACAAAUUAUCAGAGCAAUGGACCAGUCACCGAUGUCACAUCUGAACAGUUCAGAUGCUAUCAACUUGCGCCUGGCAACGAGGGCGCGAAGACCAUGACGGUAGCUGCCGGUUCGACAGUUGGUUUCACGGCCGAUGCUUCGGUCUCCCACCCAGGAACUCUACAGUUUUACAUGGCGAAGGUCCCUUCCGGGCAAACGGCUGAUUCCUGGGAUGGAUCUGGGGCAGUUUGGUUCAAGAUCUUCUCGCAGGGCCCUAACAUUGCCCCUAGUGGGCUCACGUGGCCAAGCCAGGGUGCCAAGCAAGUAACGACCAAGAUCCCCGAGUGUAUUCCCGCAGGAGACUAUCUCCUCCGUGUGGAGCACAUCGCCCUUCACAGUGCUGGUUCAGUGGGUGGUGCCCAGACGUACAUCUCUUGUGCUCAGUUGACUGUCACCGGUGGUGGCAGCAAAACCCCAACCGACCUGGUCUCAUUUCCUGGAGCGUAUAAAGCUACAGAUCCUGGGCUUCUCAUUAACAUCUACUACCCUGUGCCCACGUCUUACACUGCUCCUGGACCGGCCGUGUUCACUUGCUGAUCGAUUGUUUUUACGGCACAGUUAAUAGCACUUGACCAUACCUCGAUCAAUAAACAACUCUUGUGAAAUUUGCGUCUUGAACUUACGAGAAAUAUGCUACGUAGCGAUUUUUCUGAUUAUAUUUACCUAGAUUGAUAGGCGGGCGGCAAACUUGACUGAGUCUCCAUUAAGGGGGUUGCGUAGGUCCAGCCACGCUCAAUCGUG